UGAAGUGAAUUUGGCCUUUCCGUGAUGUUCUUAAAGUAAUCUGUCCGCUGGUGAAACAUGCUUUAUUCCAGAGGAGUAAAAUAUUUGAAAAGACUUGAAUGACAGUUGAUGACAUGUCUUGUGCUGAAGACAUUUCAUAAACAAUAAGUGACAGUGCUAGUAUCAGCACUUUUCUCUGCCAUGGCUCUCUGCACAUCUAUCUGUAAGAUAUUGCGUCGUGGGAAAUAUUUUUUGCUUCUAUUUCUGACGUUAUCAGUGCUGGCCUGGAUAGCAACCUUUUCAGGUGACACUUUUAAAAGUAUCCAGUUUUCCUCUGCCACUCCACAGACCAGUGUGAAAGAUGACACUCUGAGAGAGAAACUAAUAGUUGCUACAGUGCUAGCAAAAAAUGUGCCAACAGUCCCUCCAAAGCAUGACUGCCCAAAAGAGUCUCCACUUCUAAAGGGACCCAUGAAGUUGACCUUUGAGUCCUCUCUGACGCUAAAGGAAGUAGAAAGUGAGAACAAAGCAGUGGAGGAGGGCGAGUUUGAGCCCAAAGAGUGUAACGCGAGACAGAGCGUGGCCAUCCUCAUCCCUCACAGACACAGAGAGAGACAUCUGCUUUACCUCCUGCACCACCUCCACCCUUUUCUACAGCGCCAGCAGCUUCACUACGCUGUUUAUGUCAUCCAGCAGGCUGGAGGUGCGACCUUUAACCGAGCUAAGUUGCUAAAUGUUGGCUAUCUGGAGGCUUUGAAGGACUACAGUUGGGACUGCUUCAUUUUUCACGAUGUUGACCUUGUGCCUGAAAACGAUCAUAAUUUAUAUUUGUGUGACAAGCAGCCUAAACACUUGGUGGUCGGUCGGAAUGCAACAGGAUACAAGUUGCGUUAUAAAGGAUAUUUUGGUGGCGUCACAGCCCUGACUAAAGACCAGUUUCUUCAAGUGAAUGGAUUCUCAAACACUUACUGGGGCUGGGGUGGAGAGGAUGAUGAUCUUCGUAUUAGGGUGGAGCUGCAGAAGUUGAAAAUUGUGCGACCUCCUGCUGACAUAGCUCGCUACACCAUGGUUUUCCACAAGCGGGACAGUGGAAAUGAAAUAAAUAAAGACAGGAUGAGGUUGUUGGGCCGAACUCCACGAGUGUGGAAAAAGGACGGACUGAAUAGCUGCUCGUAUAAGACGCUGUCUAUUGAGAGGAUGCCUCUUUAUGUGAAUGUAACUGUGGACAUCGGGAAGCCAAGCUGACGUUUGUUUAGCCUGGAAUGGCUGCUGUGACCAAACCUUAUUUUGUAUGUUUUAAAUUGAGCUUGCAAAAAGUGAACCCCAAUGCCGCAUUUUGUACCUAAACACUCAAGCGUUUUCUGUUUUAGUGUUACCUGUAGAAGCAGG